AUGUUUGUACGUAAUUUGGCUAAUGAUACUUGUAUAUGGUACGGAGAAUGUGAGCGAAAAGACGAAUUUCGACCACUUAAUUGCCGUUAUGAUGGACCCCCAAAACCGAUGACCGACCUAAAAUCUAUUGAUGUUCUAAAAACGUGGUGCCCUGAUUUCAUACAAGAUCAUUCAAAAGAUGGAGAAACUCUUUAUACGUGUUGUGGAGUCGAUCAACUUUCCACAUUAAGCACAAAUAUUCUAAAGGCUGCAAACUUCUUACACAGAUGUCCGUCAUGUAUGAGAACAUUUGGAAGAUUUAUCUGCGAGUUGGUUUGUUCACCAACGCAGAGCCGAUUUAUGAAUGUCACCAAAUUGACGGAAAACGGCACUUCGAUAAAAGAGUUGGAUUUUUAUAUUUCCGAUUCAUAUAUGCAAGGCGUUUACACUUCGUGUAAAUCAGUGUCAAAUCCGGCUACUGGUGAAUUAGCGAUGGAUAUUAUAUGCUCAGGAGCAAUAGGUUGUUCUGCGUAUAAAUGGUUUAAAUUCUUAGGAAAUAAUGCAUAUCUAGAUUUCAUCAUAAAUUACAUACCAGUUGUAAAAAUUGAAAAUCCCCAACAGUUUGUAGGUCCUGUAACGCCGUGUAAUCAACCGGUAGAUAAUCUUACUACUGCUUGUAGCUGCAUGGACUGCGAACAAAGUUGUCCAUUKCCAGAUAAAAUAGAAGAACCUCAAAAAUCGUUGAAUAUAGCAGGCAUUAAAAUUGUAACUAUGUCGUCGGUAAUUUUGUUUUGUUUCAUUAUGUCAACAUUUGCUGGAUUCAUUUGUAUUAAAGGUGUACUAAUAAAUAGGAACAAGAAAAAGAAUGAUAAACAUAAGUACAUAAUUGCAAAACAUACUAAAACGAAACAUAAAAAUAUAUUGGAAAUUUUUUUUUAUAAAAUUGGAAAAUAUAUUGCGAGUAGAUCACAUAUUUCAAUUAUGGUGUCAGUGUGUUUGAUUACCAUAUUAAGUCACGGCAUUCACUACAUAAAGAUCACAAUCGAUCCAGUAGAUUUAUGGUCAUCUCCAAGUAGCCAAUGUCGACAAGAGCGUGAAUAUUUUAACACAAACUUUAAGCCAUUUUUCCGAACAACACAAGUUAUUAUCGUGCCAAACGGAGUUGGAGAUGUACUUUAUAACACAUCUGAAGGAUCAUAUACAUUUGGACCUGUGUUCAACCGUACUUUCUUGAUGGAAGUCCAUAAAUUACAACAGCAAAUUGAAACCUUAGGAAGUCCAUACAACGGACUUGAAAAAGURUGUUUCGCACCACUUGUAUCUAAAUUCAAAGGUCCACCAAAAGUUUCGGAUUGUAUAGUACAAAGUAUUUGGGGCUAUUUUGGAAACAAACCUUACAAACUGAAUCGACCUACUAACCCUGACAGUUAUUUAGAAAAAUUAAAACUAUGUUUUCAGUAAG